CAAAACACUUACUGUCAUUGUAAAAGUAUUCGUGAUGUCCAAAAUUUAAGUUAAGUUACUAAUUUAUUAUAUUAAAUUUAAAGUAUACAAAUAUUUGUAAAUCUUGAAGUUUGAUUUGAUUAAGAUGGCUUUAGACAAGCAAAAGAUUUUAAAUGAGUUGGGUAAUGUCGUAAAUCAACUGCAGAGUGCUGAUUGUGGCUGUAUGGGGAAACUUUUUAACGCUAAUCAAGGCAACUCUAAUGCCAUGAGCAACCCUAAUUCUAUGGGUGGCCCGGGAAAGGAGGGAUGUAUGCAUAGCUGUUGCCACUCUCAAGGCUUUGGCUGUCAUGGGUACAAUGCACCUGGAGCAGGGGAACCAUUCUCAGGACCUCCUCGGCAUUGCAUGGGCUCAUGUAACCCACCGAAGCUCUAUGCUGAUACGUACAACUACUUAAAUCAUAAUUUAAUGCAACCAGUUAUGAAAGAAGUGUACGACGACUUAAGAUCGAUAACACCUGCUAAUACGAUUAUGAAUAGUCCAAUGGCUGCAAAAAUGGGUUUAACAGGAAAUGAUCCAAAUUUUGGUGGAACAGCUGCCACUGGAGGUAAUAUGGGAAAUAUGGCUGUCCAUAAUCCAGGCUUGGGUAAUCAGAAUGCAAAUAUGAACCGUUCGCCAAACGUUCACUUUGGCAAUACGAACAUGGAUAAUCAAAAUCCAAACGGUAUGCAUAUGGGUAAUCAACAACAAAUGGGACAGAUGGGUCAGCCAAUGGGCCAGGGCCAUAUGGGGCAAAUGAGCGGUGGGAUGGGUUCCCAAAUAGUCAACAUGAUGAAGAGUGAUCCGGGUAGGACUGCUAAUGUAAAUGAAAGAGGACCAGGAAAUUCAAUGGGCAAUGCCCCACAAUCUCCCGAAAUGGGGUCCAACAUGGCUGGUGGUCAAGGACAAUAUAUGGUAGGGAAUAUGUCUGCCCAAAAUCCAGGACAGUAUACUUCUGGUAGCAUGGAACAAGGCAAUGCAGUGCCCAUGCAAACUCCAACCACGCAGUACAUGUCGCAACAAAACAUGUACGCUGGAGUCAAAGCCCAAAACGGCCAAAUGAACCCAAUGACACCGAAUAUGAACCAAAUGAAUCCAGGUUCUCAUGGUAUGACUAAUGCAAAUGCUAGUCCAGGUUACCAGCAGAUGAAUAAUCGAAACGCUUAUGGCGAACAUAGUGCGGGUAUUGCCAAGUUUAAUGAAAUGUUUCCUGGCGUGAUGCAAGGAGACUUAGGGUUUGACCCAAUGGCAAUAGCUAUACAAAUGAAUCCAGCCAAUCAGCAAAGAGCUGCCAUGAGCACUAUGCAGAAAGUACUAAAUGGCGAACCAUUGAAUAGGCCUACUGCAUCAGCGAUGCAACCUGUUAUUAAUGCGACGAAUACGGCAGCUGCGAGUAUAGCGCAGGCUAAUCAACCACCCGCUAGUCACGCUUCUGGUCAAAACAUCAUUCCUCCACCAGUUCAGCAACAACAACUUCUAGGAGCCAAUGCCGUAGCACCACCUGUUCAGAGCAACCAAGUCCCACAGCAGCAAGUUUAUACCGCUCUUACCGGGGCUCCUAACAUAAGCCAGCAGCAAGUUCCCCAGCAACAGUAUCAAGGACAAUAUGACCAACAACAAGGGCUCAACCCAAACGCUGUGACAGCUGCCCGGGGGUCUCUGCCAACCGUUUAUGAAGGAUCAGGAAGUCCUAAUGCUAGGCAGGAGGGCUACCCGCCCAGUAAUUUAGGAGGUUCAACGAAUGCGCAACAAAUGAUUAUGGAACCUAUUUUGCCCGCGGACACUUCAAAGAAUAUGCCACCUAUGCAGGCAAAUAUGAAACAACAAAGAUACUACCAAUAUAACACGCUGGGUCAGCCAAUAGAGAUGUUGCCAGCUCAGAACUAUAAUUAUCCAAUAGAUCCUAAUACCCAACAGACGUUAGGUGCUGGACCGGCACCAAGCAAAUAUAGAAUUGAUGCAACUCGAUACAGUAAUGUCAAGAAUACUGUAAGCAAGACUUCUCUUAUGGGAAAUAAGCCUGUUGGACGAACUCCUAGCAGAAGCCAAUUGCAACAUCUCUAUAACCAAUAUAAAGGUUCCCAUUCGUAUACGCAACAGAAUAUAAGGCCAAAUGAACAUGGAGGUUCAUAUUCUGAGGGCCACCUCAAUAUUCCUCAAGGAAAUGCACCCCGCCACGUCCCUGUCGAAAGAGUUGCUGGAGAUACUGCAGCUAAUAAUAUCGAAAUUAAUAACACUGUUGGUUAUAAAGGAGAUCCAAGGCCGAAUCAAGUCGGAGAUGUCCCAGCUACUAAUAAUAAACCCACUGAAGAUACGGAAAAGAAACCCGCUUUUGUUUCUAAAGUUCGAAAUGGCUUACAAGAUCAGACUUACACCCAGUAUGCGACUUCAGCUGCUUGGACUUUUCACGGAGCGACUCCUGCGCCCUAUUCAACAGGGUAUCGUUUUCGACAUAAAGCUUAAUUAAUAAUCUUAUAUUCUUGGAGUAACUUACAAGAUUAAUAUUUACGUUUUUGUAUAAUUUUAAUAAUUUUUACAAUGUGAUAUGUUUAAAGUAAUAGUGUCAGUAAAUUAUUGUCGUGGUAAUGUUUUAGUGAUCGG